CACGAUGCAUUGCAGUCGCAAUAACCCGGAAAAGAAAACAGAACGUAGCUCUGCCCAAAAAAAAAAAUCAGUAUGUUUUUGUAUUUUUUUUAAAUUCAUACUCAGUUGUAUGUGCGUUUAAUUGAGUCACAACACCACGAAACAGUUUUUGAGAAGUUUAGAAGUGACGUUCAUGCUCUCGGCAGCUUAGGCGGCGCUUGUUAGCAUUAGCUAGCGGCUGGCUAACUCCGAGGAGCCAAACAACAGCAGGUUUGUCGACUCCGAAGUGCUGCUGGUUUUGUUUUGGCACAGUUAGUCGUUUAAAGCCACCGAACUCUGCGUGAGUUGGCUCCAGUACAGUAGCCAAGAGCGUGUGCUUCCUCCAAGAUGAGCUCCGAGGAGGCUGCAGCGCCCACAAAAGCCGUCCCGGAUGAUGACGGCAUGACGUGGUGGUACCGAUGGCUGUGCAAGAUAGCUGGCGUCCUUGGAGGAAUAUCUUGUGCCAUCGCAGGGGUGUGGAACUGCGUCACCGUGAAUCCUUUAAACAUCGCCGCCGGAGUGUGGAUGGUGUUGAACGCAUUUGUGCUGUUCCUGUGCGAGGUGCCCUUCUGCUGUCAGUUCAUCGAGUUCGCCAACGCUAUCGCUGCCCGUGCGGAUCGCUUCCGACCUUGGCAGAAAGCCUUCUUUUACUGCGGGAUGGCGCUGUUUCCCGUAUUCCUGAGUUUCUCCUUUACCACCUUGUUCGGAAACAGCAUUGCCUUUGCCACAGGAGUCCUGUACGGUCUGGCGUCUUUAGGCAAAAAGGGCGACGCGGUGACGUACGCCAGGCUGCAGCACAACAAGCAGGGCGACGAGGAGAGAAUGACCGGCACGACAGAGUGAGCCCUCCUGUUGCGCUUUUUCUUCUUCUUCCUCCCCCAAUCUUUGUUGGAGCGCACUCCUUACAGAGGAACGUUCAUCCCUCUCCUGCACCCACCCACCUACCUCCUCCUCUUCCUCGUUCUAUCCUAGCUGUCAUCAAAUUGUAUUUAUUAUUACCUCUUUAUUGGACUUGCAGCAUAAACCAGGAAAAGGUCCGGUUUUGUGUGCUCGCUUUUUCUAAAUUAUUUCACGGUGUGACCCUUUUUUUGGUUCUUUGUGUUGUUUUGCUGCUAUUUUUUUUCCACCAUCUGUGUGUAGUCGCACACACCCUUCUUCAGGACCUGAAUGAACACUUUGCUGAUUGUAUGACGUGCUUAUACGACGUAAGAUUUACUUCUUUUUUUUUUAUUAAGCAGCUUAAAACUUGAGUGAUGUCGCCUUUCCUGACUUUGCAGCCUGAAUGUAUUCCAUGUUUAUUUUUCAUAGCUGUGAUCAUGAAGUCUUAGCAGUUUGCCUGAACCUUUUAUCACUUGCAGUUUUAGUAGAAUGAGCCAGAAUGAUCACUAUUGAGUAAAAACAAAAAUUGCGGUGUUUUUAUUUACCAGAUUUUCUCAUAGAGCGCCACUUUCUCUUUAAACGUUAGCUUCAUGUCUGCUCAAUUGACUCUCGGUCAGGGUUAAGGUUGGGCAUAAUUCAUGGAUUUAUUUUAGUGCUGUCUAUUCAAAUCCUCUCUUUUGCAGGAAAGAGUCCUCCCAGGUUGUUUUGUUCUAAAGCUGCCUAAAAUGUAAAGAGGUGACUAGAACUGAAGUUGAACAAUUUGUUCUACUAAGCAGAAGUACGUACAAACAGUAGAAACACAAGCGCUGUGACAGAGUGAUCCAAGCAAUCUCUAAGAUGGUCGCCCGUCUGUCAUGCUUUUGUCCUCCUUGACAGGAAUCGAAACUCUAAACUUGGCGUGCAUGCCGAGCACACAUUCAUUCUGUUUAUCUUCUUUGAGCAGAACCAAGGCCAAAGCUAGUCAUUUCUAAGGCGUUUGAUGUUACACAAAGAAGGUCAAAUAUUCCCUUAACAUGUCAACUCAUUACUCUUUUGAAUCCGAUUAAUCACACUUUUGAAUUUUGGAUUAAUCGAGAUUAAUCAGACUAAAUUACUUCCUGACAUAAUUUAAAUCAACCAAAGAAAAGAAUGUCAGACACAAGCAUUUUUGUUUUGUUUUACUUGAAUGCGAUAAAAGUAUUAUCUCAAGUUCUGUCAGAGUUUAUGUUGAAGCGCACAACCCAUGCCGCCCAUUCACGGUUAAGGUAAAGGAGCUCAAAAUAAAUCAAUGUGAAGAAUUAUUUAAAAGAAAACCCAAAUAAAAUGUCUGAUUAAUGUGCAAAUAUUCAUGAUUAAUGCAAUAUUUCUUUUGUAUUAAUGACAUGUGUUAACUUGUUGUUUCUGACAACCUAAGUGAAUAAAAAAUGGAGUGCAGUACUUACUGCAACCAGUAGAGGCGCUGUUGGUUCAUUCUCCGCUCCUAUGUUAAGCCCUCCUCUAUUCUUCAGAUGUUUUAAUAUUUAUUAGAGAUGUCCGAUAAUGGCUUUUUUGCCGAUAUCCGAAAUACCGAUAUUGUCCAACUCUUAAUUACCGAUUCCGAUAUCAACCGAUACCGAUAUAUACAGUCGUGGAAUUAACACAUUAGUAUGCCUAAUUUUGUUGUGAUGCCCCGCUGGAUGCAUUAAACAAUGUAACAUCCAUCCAUCCAUCCAUUUUCUACCGCUUGUCCCUUUUGGGAUCGCGGGGGGUCGCUGGACCUAUCUCAGCUACAAUCGAGAUAUGCAUCUGGGGAUAAGUUGAUCAGCAACACUAAAUUGGCCCUAGUAUGUGAAUGUGAGUGUGAAUAUUGUCUGUCUAUCUGUGUUGGCCCUGCGAUGAGGUGGCGACUUGUCCAGGGUGUACACUGCCUUCCGCCCGAUUGUAGCUGGGAUAAAAAAAAAACAACUAUGUAACAUGGUUUUCCAAAAUAAAUCAACUCAAGUUAUGGAAAAAAAAUGCCAACAUGGCACUGCCAUAUUUGUUAUUGAAGUCACAAAGUGCAUUAUUUUUUUUAACAUGCCUCAAAACAGCAGCUUGGAAUUUGGGACAUGCUCUCCCUGAGAUAAUCCUGAUACCCACUACAACUAUGGGAAGUACUAUACUUUGACUUCCACAAAGUGCAUUAUUUUUUUAAUUAUUUUUUUAAACAUGCCUCAAAACAACAGCUACAAAAACAAUGAAGGCACACAGCUUCAGUCCAGAGUAUACUAGAGUAAUAAAGUAAAGAAUAACAUAGUCCUCCUUUAUUGCAAGACUGCCUGGCAUACUAUAUAACAGGAAAUUAUAAAACUGGGCUCAAUCUGCCCUGCUCUAACGUAUCUGUAUGAGUAACAAAAAUGUGCUGCAAUCUAGUGGUGAGUGCUUGAAGUGGCCUAGCAGUCAGCCAGAGCUUCUUAAAUGCUGCUUUUUCUCAAUUGGACCCCCAGAAUCAGGACGCACUAGGGUUACAUUUUCCGAUAAACUGUGACUUGGCCGUCAGAUUUCGAGACCUUACUGUAUGUUCCCUAUUCUUAAGCCAGGAACCUCAAUUACCAUUUCCUGCCCUUUUUACACACCCCUCCCUUCAUCUCCAUUCACUUUUUCUCAUUUGGACCCCCAGAAUCAGGACGCACUAGGGUUACAUUUUCCGAUAAGCUGUGACUUGGCCGUCAGAUUUCGAGACCUUACUGUAUGUUCCCUAUUCUUAAGCCAGGCACCUCAAUUACCAUUUCCUGCUCUUUUUACACCCCCCCUCCCUUCAUCUCCAUUCACUUUUUCUCAUUUGGACCCCCAGAAUCAGGACGCACUAGGGUUACAUUUUCCGAUAAACUGUGACUUGGCCGUCAGAUUUCGAGACCUUACUGUAUGUUCCCUAUUCUUAAGCCAGGAACCUCAAUUACCAUUUCCUGCCCUUUUUACACCCCCCCCCCUCCCUUCAUCUCCAUUCACUUUUUCUCAUUUGGACCCCCAGAAUCAGGACGCACUAGGGUUACAUUUUCAGAUAAGCUGUGACUUGGCCGUCAGAUUUCGAGACCUUACUGUAUGUUCCCUAUUCUUAAGCCAGGCACCUCAAAUACCAUUUCCUGCCCUUUUUACACCCCCCACCCCCUUCAUCUCCAUUCACCUUUUGUCAUUUGGACCCCCAGAAUCAGGACGCACGAGGGUUACAUUUUCCGAUAAGCAGUGACUUGGCCGUCAGAUUUCGAGACUUCACUGCAUCUUUCAGCAUUUAUAAUACAGAUUUUUAUUAAAAUACAUAUACCCUAACCAUCAAACUAAACUAAGCAGAAACAGAGCUAAACAGAAACCAUUUUUUUUUACAAUACAUUUUGGAAUUCAAAUGCAACAUACAAUCAUAACUUAUUUUCUAAUACUGAAAUUAACAUGGUAUGUUCCUGGCAUGCAUCACAACUAUAUCCCUCCUCCUUGGGGUUUCCCACACACAAGCUGUGGUACCAUCGCCCGCACCGCUCGCACUGGAUCUGAAAUGAAUGCAUUUGGUCAAGUGUAUCAGUUCAAUGUAAAUCAAUAUGUAAAUUGAUUAAAUAAAUUAUAUUUAUUGAUAUAAAUCAAUACCAGUAUAUCAAUAUCAAUUGGCUUCUUUCAGUGGCUGAUGUUAAACAAAUGUGGCAAGGGAAAAUAUUGUUUGUUUUCUUAUCAAGAUAUCUUACCCAGUCAGUGGUAUCACUUUUGGGGCUCCCACCAAUCUCCUCCUCUCCGCAGCAGUGGCAGAGCUCACUGAGAUCAUCUGCAAGAGAUUUUCUCUAAGAAAACCUGAUUUUCUUUGUGACGUACGAAAGGAUGUGAAAACACAGCACGCAGAUUCUUCCAUUUGUAACAUUGAGGGACACAUUGCUAAUCCCAGUAGUUUCAUUGGAAAUUUGUUUUAAAAGUACACACCAGUUUCCUUGAGGAGCGUUUUUGCAACAUCCAUGCGAUAUGCUUCCACCGCCUGGUCAGAAUUAUCGAAAAUGGGUGCCUCCUCUGCCAACACCUUUUCAGCAUACUAGGAUUGAGUGAUAGACAAAGUGAUGGUGAAUUAAUACAAGCUCAAUUAGUCUGAAAAAAUGUAUGCUCCUCAAUAUAUAUUCUAUCUUGUCCCUUAUUGAUAUUUAAUAAAGCUUUAUGGAAAUGCACGUAAAAUCCAUUGCAAUUGUUUGUCAGAUAUAGAUGAUGUAUUAAGUAAUCAGUCAAGCAAAUGUGAAAUGAACUUACUUUCAAUACAAAUAUCCCACAGGAGGUACUGUCUUUUUGUAGACUGUGAGGCACUGUGUUUGCAGACCACUUUGGUAGUGCAACAUUCCUCUGUCGCAUGAAAGACCUUCAUAUAAUAUACACAUCGAAUUAAAUUCAGGUAUUGUGGAUGUGUGUGAAAGUAAGGGAUGGUUGAUGGUAGCUGUAGGAGGAUGAGAUAGGGGCAGCUGCUCUACAGGCGUGACACAUCCUUAAUCCCUUGCGUUGUGCCUGUAGAGCAGCUCCCCCUAUCUCAUCCUCCUACAGCUACCAUCAUCCACCCUUUACCUACACAGUAUGUUGGAAGCCUGGGAGCUUUUGACUUAUGAAAGAAACAGCUGUUACCUGGUGGACUCCAAACACUUGGGUACUUUAGAGCGAGCGUUGCCUAAUGAGUCAAGCACGAGACUCCGCUGCUCUGCUGGAUAAAAGGCCUGUGAAUAUUCAGAAAAAUCAUAGAGCUUCACUUCUAGUUCCUCACUGUCAGAUAAGCCGAUAACAGAAACACCCAGGAUUAGGAGAUAUAAAUCUUCACUUACUGUGAAAAACCAGUGGCCAGGUUCAUGGACUGCUCCGAAAAAACAACAAAAAAUGAAUUGGGAUCCAGCUGAAAAAAAAAAUUGAGUAUUCAAAUUUGGUUUACAUUUAAAAAUGCAAAGCACAUUGUUAUUUGUGCCAUGUUCUCAUAUUAACAAAGGAAUCCUACUUUCACUCGUGUUUUUGGUCCUUGCCACAUCACUGUCAUGGCAAAUGAAUCAAUGUAUGCAGCUUGUUUCCCUCCUCGGCUGUUGUAGCACUCGACUAGUUUAUGUAGGUAUGCAUUGAUGACCUAAGGGCAAGAAAGUGAAGUGAAUCCACCUAACUUUAUUAUUGUGGGUUUUUUAUUUGUCUUAGCCAGAUGUAAGUAAAGGAAAUUUGUGUUUCAAUUUACCUCGCUUUCAAAUUUCUUGUUGGGCCCUGUGCGAUUGAUGUCCCAAUACCACAAUUUGUAUCAUCCAAUUUUGGACAGAAGAAUGUGACAAUCCUGUCCUCCCCAAGCUUCUUUGAUAUCUGCCAGAAAGAUUUUAUUUUUUAGAAAUGCGAGGUAAAAACAGAGGUGGUAGAUUUGUAAGAGGGGAUGAAAUGUUGGUGUUCACAUUUAAAUCAAGUAAUGUUUCUAAAAUGGGUUUUUGGUCAUUUACAUUGCUCUGGAUUAUGUGAGAUGGCAGGGAUUCCAUGGGAUCCUCGGGCAGGUGUCAUUCCUCUUUUGGUAGACCCAGAGGUGGCUGAGGUGGUCUCACUGGUGUUUGGGGUGAUGGCUGUGGCAGGUGCAGAAGAAUCUUCAACUGCUGUGGUGGCAGGUGAGGCUGUAUUUGGAGUGGCUUCAGCAGGAGAAUCUGUGGAGCAUGUCCUCAAUUUGGCCGGUAUUCUAGGGCCUUCCUCCACAUAUUUUCUUAAAUGAUCAGCAUUGACCUUAUACACAGGCUUUCCAUCUGUGCUGACAAGGUCAAUACUUUUCCCCUGAAUUUUUGUUAUGCAAAAUGGACCAAGGAAGUCAGGGUCAAGCUUUCCCCCUUUUCUUUGCUGACUUCGGACAUUUCGCCGCCACACCAUGUCCCCCACCUGCAGAAAUUGAGUUUUAGGCCUGUUUUUUGCUGCCUGGGUUCUUUGAUGAGCCUUUUCUUGAUUUUUUUGUACAAUGGCUAAUAUUUUCUCCUGCCGUUGUAGAUCAAACAUCACUUCUUCCUCUGUGUAUAGCUCCUCAAAAGACUUAUCAACCUGUGGCAGAGAAGAAACGGAUGCUAGACAUACACUGUAGUACUGGCAAAUUGGGAUUGAAGUCUUACACAAGGGAGGAAUACUGCAUAGAUGGAAUUGAAAUGUAGAUGAAUGAGAGUUAACCCGGAAGUUCUCUGCAACCUCAGAAGGGUAUCGCGCCUCCCUUCCGAACAUGAGGAAGUAUGGCGAAAAUUUUGUGGUGAUUUAUUUUUUGGUGCAUAGGCCAAACACAACUGCGUCCAAAUAAUCAUCCCAAUCGUUCGCCUUGUCUUUCACGAGCUUCCCCAGGGCUCUAAACAAUCAUUUCAUAGAAACAACAUAGAUGCUCUAAAAGUUUGGAAUAUUUUGGGUGAAACUAAGACUUAAUGGAAAAAAUAUCUAACAGCUAUAAUUCUAAUCAUUAACAAAGCUAUAAUGACAUUUGUUUUUUACCUCUGAAUGCUAGAGUUGAGUCUCUCCACCAACCCAUUUGUCUGGGGGUGGUAUGGAGCACAAAGGCUUCUUUUAACCCCCAAAAGCCGGCAAAUCUCUGUUGAUCUGUAAAAGUAGUUUGUAAUUUAAGGCUUCAAGUACUUUCACAUGUUUAGUCCUUUUAAACCUCACAAUUUAAGUCAAGCAGUAUUCUAUCAACAAUAUUAUAGUCAUCAAUCGUAUCAGUGAGAAGUACAACACAAUAAUUCUAAACUAAAUCAUAAGUUUGUGUAUCUUACAUCAAACCAAAAGGUAUAUGCAUACAUUGUUGACAAAUUCUUUGCCCUGGUCAGUCAGGAUUCUUUGCGGAACCUCAAACUGAUGGAACAUUUUGAGGAUGCACCCUGUCACUUCUUCUGCUGUUUUAGAUUUUAGGGCAUAUGCCUGUGCCCAUCCGGUGCAGUAAUCUACCAUCACACAAAUGUAUUGGUUGCCUGUCUUGGUCUUCACCAGCCUGCCUUUGAGGUCCAUUCCGACCAGCUCAAAGGGGCAUUUGGUCUUGAAGAGAAGAGUGGAGAACAAUGUUAACGUGGAGUAAACACACAAAAACUCACACAAACACAGGGAGAAUUAUAGCUGCUGUGAGGCAAUGGUUCGGGGACAUGAAAAUUUAGGCAACAUUUGCAUAUUCUUCACAACUAGUUUGACUUUGGUAGUCUCAAAUGAUUGACCGAUAAACAGCGAGGCCUUAUCCCUGCCAGAGUUUGAAUAGGGCCACCUUUUCAUGGGAGAUUGCAGUGCUAGCCACCCCACCUCUCGCCAAGGAUACAUGCUGUGUAAUUAAAAUGCAAAAGGUGAAGUUCACCUUGAUUGGCUUGUACUCUGUGCCUGUCUUUAGGUCAACCCUGCCCUUCUGUGAACAGGACGUGCAUUCAGACACCUGAGUAUAAAAAACAUUGAUCAAUACAAAAUAUUUAACGGCUUAAAAGUUAUGUCAGUAUGGGUAUGUGCAGAGUAUGUUAUUUAAUUGUUUGACAAAGGGGAAUGGGGUAUAUAGGCCAAAAUGGUAAAUACUAUUUGAUAUAUACUUGGGAAUCAAAUUGUUUAUUUCAGCAAUGAAGGCCAAAAUAUCUGAAUUGUUUGACAUUCAGAAUUUUUUUUAAAUUGCUCUAUUAUUUUUAAUGUUUUUAUGACGAGCCAGCAGACUGUCCUUCAAAGUGGACAGUCAUAAGUGCCCUUCAUAAAUAAAAUGAUGGACUGUAUUCCAUUAAUUUCUGACAAGGCAGCAGUACCUUUCGGUAAGACAGGCAAGACAUGUUGUAAAGGCAAAAAUGAGGAAAAACCAAAUCUUACCCAUAUUUCAAUGUCACACGUCAUUGAGGGCCAGUAACAUCUCUUGGAAAUUGCAUCCCUUGUUUUGAUCUGGCCACAAUGUGCGCCAAUGUCACUUGAGUGGAACUCUCUAAAUAUGGCAUCUGCUUCAGCUGCCCCACACACCACUUUAACUUUCAGCUCUUUGGCCGAUCCUUUGUGGCGGAGGUAAUAUAGCUUGCCAUCUAUGACAAAUCAAAGCAUUAAUUGAAAGCUUAUUUCUUACAAUGAAAAGUAACACAGUGAAGUACAAAUAUCUCUGAUUUGAAAUACAGAGAUUGCAGCAAUGGUAUUUGUUUAUUGUAGAAAUUUCAAUGCUUUACUUGCUGUGCUCACACCUAACAAAGUGAGCGGCCUGAUUCAAUACAAAUUAAAUGCAAAACUCACAAAUGGCGUGGGGGCAGUGUAUAUUCAUUCAUGAAGGAUAUAUGUAUAUUAAGAUUUACUCUUAGACUAUUAAAUUAAUGAAAUGAAAACAUGGCUCCGAGACAGUUUAUUUCUUUAUCAAAAAAACAAUACACAAAUCCGCGACAAAAAAUAUCUUAUCCAUCACACAAUCAACUCAGAGGAUAUGGGCACGGCCUCAAAGGGUCAAUAUCCGAUGAGGCAGAGAACUGCCAUCAACCCAAAAUAUACAGAAAGGGUUUUUUGGAACAAAAAAAGAAAAUUAACAUUACUUUCACUUUUUCUUCAAUUUUCCAUGGAUUUAGGUUAAAAGGUGUACAAUUUCAGACACCAUUUAUGCACCUGAGUAAAGUUGCGCCGCAUUCUCGUGCUAGGUGAGAGUCCAUCUUAAGUAUGAAAAUCUACAAACACUGAACACUGUUGCCCUCUCUGUUUUAAAAUGUUGAUUUCUAUUUACUGUUUUAAUUGGUUUCACCCUUAAAAUCGUUUUUAAUCAUAUUUACUUUAUAUUGUUUUUAUAUUGGUUUUAUAUGUAUUUAUUUUUUGUUUUUUAUUCAGUCAUUGGUGGAGCUCAGGAUAGUAUUUGAAUGUUGUUUUUAAUAUUGUUGUGCAGCACUUUGGAAACAUUUUGUUGUUUAAAUGUGCUAUAUAAAUAAAGUGGAUUGGAUUGGAUUGAAUUAUGCUGUAGUAUAAUGUAAAACUGUAAAUUUAGAAAGGGAAUGCUUUGUUUUUCUUUAAAUACAUUAACACCAUCACAUUUUGUUUUAAUAAUACUAGAGGUGGCGACUUGUCCAGGGUGUACCCCGCCUUCCGCCCGAUUGUAGCUGAGAUAGGCUCCAGCGACCCCGAAGGGAAUAAGCGGUAGAAAAUAGAUGGAUGGAUGGAAGUCGUUGAACCUCUUGAGGCAAUUUGGCAUUUGUUGGGGUAGUCUGGAUAAAGCCAAAUGUUUCAAGUACCUUGGUAUGGCGCCACCUCCUGUUAAUAGUGUGAAAUGCCAUAAGUUUACGCCUAGUUGGCUGGGCAAAACGCAGACGGGCUUAUCGGAAAAUGUAACCCUAGUGCGUCCUGAUUCUGGGGGUCCAAAUGAGAAAAAGUGUAUGGAGAUGAAGGGAGGGGGUGUGUAAAAAGGGCAGGAAAUUGUAAUUUAGGUGCCUGGCUUAAGAAUAGGCAACAUACAGCCAUAACAAACAGAACAACCGCAUGUGCAUGUAUAGCCUUAUCUAUAUUGGAAAAUGUAUGUGUGUGAGAGAGAAUCAACAGCUGAUACAAUGGACACAUACUAUAAUGAAAGUAAGUCAUUGAUUUCCAGAAUAUGUGUAAUUUAUUAAUGCUGAAAUUCUGACAACUGACGUUUCAGCAUUAAGGAUAGUUUACGCCAUUUACGCGAUACAAUGGACUCAUACUAUAAUGAAAGCAAGUCAUUGAUUUCCAGAAUAUGUGUAAUUUAUUAAUGCUGAAAUUCUGACAACUAGCGUUUCAGCAUUAAGGAUAGUUUACGCCAAUUACGCAAGCGUUCUUCUCCUCCUCUUUGGGCUUGCCGUUCAACCAUCAAACAAACGCCAUGGGAACAUCGCCUCCUGGAGUUACAAAUUCCAAUGGGUAACAGAUUUCGGUACAACACCGGCAACAACACACUCUUGUUGUUAUGCUCCGCUCGCGGCGGUUUGAUGAGGUCAUCAAGCGCCGCCAGUAAACCUCUCAUGCUGCAGUCGUGCUGCAACUCCUGUGUUGUGUGUGGGAGAGGGGAGGGGCUGCUGACUGGGAGACGCAACUGCUCUGUACUUCUCUCUACGUCCGCGUACCGCUACGUACAGUGGCGUUUUAAAAAGUCAUACAUUUUACUUUUUGAAACCGAUACCGAUAAUUUCCGAUAUUACAUUUUAAAGCAUUUAUCGGCCGAUAAUAUCAGUGGUCCGAUAUUAUCGGACAUCUCUAAUAUUUAUGAAUGAUUGGAAAAUUGAAAGUGAUGUAUCUAAUAAAUAAUCAUUAAAAUUGCCCACCCAUAGUUGUGGUAAUGAUCAAAUGAAUUGGGAGGCCACUCUUUGUGGAAAUACGGUAUUUAACAACGUAUUACUGGUUCUUGUUGGUUUCCCGACCAAAACCCGUCCUAAAAGGGGACACAAAAUGAUGGGGUAAUCCUCAUUAGAUUCAUAGUUUGCCUUUGAUUUGCAUUGUGCGAUUUGUGUGGAUGUUUUUGUCUCCUUUACCGUCCCUACAAAGGAAACUUUGAAAGCCGUCUUACAGCAGCUUUACUGGCUGUCACCUCCUGCUCUCAGGUACAAAAGCACCGGUGGAAAUGGAUAAAAUAAUGAAACAAUGCCAGCUAAGUGACAACACUAUGGGUGUACUUUUAAUGCUAUCGUUCUGCUUCCCCGUACGGGACAUGUGGACAUUGUGUGUUGUGACAUGAACCCUCCAAUUAAACCAACCUGCUACUUGC